AUGGAACAACAAUUCUUAGGUCUGCUGUUGAUCCUGCUAAUUACCUGUCAAGUGGCCUCAUUCAGCAUCAGCAGCAGAAAAGAACGGAGCACGGAUCUUGCAGAUGCUCUUGCAAUCCUUCAAAGACAAAGAAGGCGAGCUGUAACAGAUUACCUGGACUCUGACCGACUGUUGAGCAAUGAGCCUUAUACAUUGGAAGAGGAUGCAGAAUGGCUGCAAGCAGCAGAUGUUGGUAGCGACAGCUCUAGAAACAGUCUUGGAACAGACUGGGAGUCCAAUGGGCGGUUUAUUGAUGUUCAAACCCCUGUAGAAUACGCUGUGCCAUUGGACGAAAGCAGGGUAUCUGUUCCUGUUGCUAUAGAACCUUCAAGACAAGAACUUGAGGAUAUAUUUGUUGCCGACGAUCUUGAUGGAAAUAUUUCACAGCCCAACAUUAAUCCAGAAUCUUUUUUGGAGAAAAAGAAAAAAGAAGAGCCGCUUAGUGUUAAAGGAGAUGGUAAAGUUGUGCAGAAGAAAUCAUUUUCCCCCAGUAGCCGAAGAAGCUGUAAUAGUCACGCCUGGGAAAGAUGUCGACGCCAAUGA